AUGCUUUCGGCCUCUGCCGUCCUCACUGCACAACUCACCGCAGCACUUCCCCUCUGUGUUGACCUCGGCACCAUUUCAGACUACCCUGUCUCCCCGCUGCAGGUCUUGGAGGAAGGUCCGCGGCUCCUAAGUCUGGACACUGGCCAUUCAGUGGUUCACAGAGGGGCCCGACCAGCAGCUGAAUGCUCAAAGGUGGAGCCAGAAGUGAUGCAGUCACGUGGAGAGGUGUCUGAGAUGAAGAAACUGAGGCAAGGGUUCUGUGACUUUCCUGGCAUCACCCAGUUCAACUGGACACCAAACUUUGAGGUUCCGUCUUCCUCUGGCAUCACCCCGGAUGGCUCCUAUCUCCUUUCCUCUGCACCAGUGCUUCUCAACCACAGGCAAAUAUGCCUUCCAGGGGACAUUUGGCAAUAUCUGGAGGUAUUUUGGUUAUCACAACUGGAGGAGGGCUCACGGGUGGAGGUGCUACUGGCAUCUAGGGGGUGGAGGCCAAGGAUGCCGCUAAACAUCCUACAACACACAGACCCCCAAAAGAAGCCUCUGACCCCAAAUGGCAGCAGUGUGGAGGCUGAGAAGCCCUGGUCCAUGCUGUGUUGUGCGUCAGAGGGAAAUUCUAACCUCUGGAGUUGCCCUGCUCUGCCCAGCAACAGGCUUGGCAUCUCUCCUGUGGCUGCCACAGGAGCUAAAGCUGCUCUCUAGAAUGCCCUUUGGCAGUGGGCAAGUGUCCCCUGCAGAGCUUACUGCGGGACAUGCAGUGCAUCAGCAGAGCUGAUAUGUUUUAUAAUUUAGAGUCACAAGCCUCCUGUCCUCAUUUAGCAGCAAGCCUGCUGGCAGCUGCCCUGCCAGGGAGGAAGUGAGUUCCACAGAGGCCUACAGCCCCCGCCAGCUAACAGCCUGUGGUAUUUAGGGAUGGCUGUUGCUGAGGCACCUGGGAAUAGUCUGGGGCAGAGGUGGCACUGAACGUGUGGGCUCCCCUUCCGAACCAUCCAUCAGCGGCAGCCCCUGCCAAAAGAUGGCCUAUUGAACAUUUCCAGGAAUAGCACAGCCAAGCGUGUCAACUGCUUUCUUGGAAAUACACUCAAUAUGGAUGGCGGGCCUCCAGCAGGGAGAGCAUAAAGCCUGGCCUGGACCACACCACUUAGAAAAUAGUAGUGCCUAGCUGCAGGCAUGUCCGUGCCAUAGGGAAGGGGAACUGGGCUCGCUGGGCUUUGGAGCCCAGCAGCUUCUGGGAUUGUAUUUCAGUUUGCUCAGUGCAGAGGGAAGAUGGUCACGCCUUUCAGAAGGCCCUAGGCCCUGCCCAUUUCAUGCAGCUCUGUGACCUUCACAAGCUUACCGUUUGUUCCGACACCAGCAGACAGGAAGGCCAUCAGGCUGGGAGGUGAGGGUUAGCCUGAGAGUGAGGUUAAGGGUUAUGGUUCCCCAUAAGUGAGGGUGAGGUUGAGGGUCAGGGGCUAGACUUAUGGUUAGGAUUAGUGUUAGGUGUAAGGUGAGGAUAUGUUUACGGUGACAGUUAGGUUUAGGAUUCAGUGUUAGGGUUUGGGUUAGGUUUAGGUUUUGGGUUAUGGUUAGGUGUUGGUAAAGAUGACAAUGAGGGUGAGAGGUUAGAUCAAGUCACCAGGGUUAGGAUUAGGGUUAGGUUUAGGGUUCAGUGUAGGGUGAGGAUAGGGUUAGGGAGAGAGUUUGGGUUCAGCUUUAGUAUUAGGGUUAAGGUUAGGUUUAGGUUUAGGCUUAUGGUUAGGUGUGGGUGAAGGUGAUGGUGAGGCUGAGGGGCCAGGGUUAAUUUAGCGUUAGGUGUAGCAUGAGCAUAAGGUUACGGUUAGAGUUAGGGUUCCAGUUUAAUGUUAGGGUUAGUGUGAGAUUUAGGUUUAGGGUAACGGUGAGGUUUGGGUGACGAUGAGGGUGAAGGAUUGGG